AUGGGAUUUUUCAGUCCCAAUGGAACCAAUAAAUGGUAUGUUGGCAUCUGGUAUGCCCAGAACCCUGACAAGAACAUCGUUUGGGUGGCUAACAGGGAGACUCCCGUCAGAGACAUGCCCGGCGUUUGUACGCUCUCUUCAACUGGUUAUCUCACUCUCUCUGAUUUGCAAGGAAAAGCCAUCUGGUCGAGCAAUAAUACUCAGCAAACACAGUAUAAAAAUGGUGUUUCAUUUUACAGUACGGGUGAAUGGAUUGGCAGCUACUUCUCCACUUUGCCAGGGGCUAAAUCUGAUCCUCUUUUUACGGAGGAAUUAGUAGUGUUUUCUCCCACAAGAAUGUAUUACACAUAUGGGCAGCGGGCUUACACCCAAAGCUGGUCCGAUAAUGGUGACGGAAGUUCUCAACUCCAACGCUGUGUCCAAGGCUUCCACCCAAGAAACGCUACUACAUGGACUUCUCAGGAGUGGUGGUCAAGCGGUUGUGUUCGGCGUACUCCAUUAAACUGUACCACAGAUGGUUUCCUCCAAGUCAGUGAUAAGUCUUUGUCUGAUGAAGAAGCUGUUCAAUACAGUCAACAAUCGACACUACUAGGAUGUAAAACUGCUUGCCUCAAUAAUUGCUCCUGCACGGUCUUUGCUGUCUCUAAUUCUAAUCCUUUGUCAGCGCACGCAGGAAGAGGCAGCAACAGAGUAGUUGCACUCUCUGUUUCAAUUUCUUUGGGCCUUGCUCUUUUGAGUGCUCUCUUCAUUCUUGCAUGGUUUAUUCAGCGCAGGCGCAGAAGACUGGUUGAAAAAUUCGUGAAGGACGACACUUCAACAUCGCUCAGAGCAUUCAGUUACAAAGAGCUCAAAGUUGCGAACAAGAAUUUCGCCCUUAAGUUGGGAAAGGGAGCAUUUGGCUCUGUCUUCAAAGGAACUCUGUUAGACAAAUCGCUUGUAGCAGUGAAAAAAUUAGAGGGUUUCGUACAAGCAAAAAGCAGUUAG